AUGGAGUGGGUUCGCGGUGAAAUUCUUGGUCAUGGGAGCUUUGCCUCUGUUAGUCUGGCGAAACCCACAAGUCAGAGCGGUGGCAAUAGUCCGAUGGCUGUUAAGUCUUGUUCUGCUUCAAAUCCUGCUUCUCUGAUCAACGAGAAAUCGAUUCUUGAUGAGUUUAAGGAUUGCCCUGACAUUAUUCAGUGCUAUGGUGAUAGUUACAGCUUCGAACAUGGCGAGAAAUUGUACAAUUUGUUUUUAGAAUACGCUUCUGGCGGCGCUUUGGCGAAUAAAGUGAAGAGUUCGUGUGAUCAGAGGUUGCCAGAAUGCGAAGUUCGCCGAUACGCAAAGGGGAUCUUAAGGGGGCUAAAUUGUAUUCAUAAGAGUGGGUAUGUUCAUUGUGACAUUAAGCUUCAAAACAUUCUGUUAACCCAAGAAGGUGAAGUUAAGAUUGCCGAUUUUGGUUUAGCAAAAAAGGUUAGUAAUGGAAAGGGGAAAAAAUUGGGAUGUGAAUUGAGGGGUACACCUUUAUAUAUGUCCCCUGAGAUGGUCGCCGGAGGUGAUCAGUCAUCGCCGGCGGAUAUUUGGGCACUUGGGUGUGUGGUAGCUGAGAUGGUUACCGGAAUUCCAGCCUGGGGUUCUUCCAAUGAUUUGGCGGGGUUGUUGAUGAGGAUUGGUGUCGGAGAACAAGUCCCAGAAGUUCCCGGAAAUUUAUCAGAGGAGGGAAAAGAUUUCCUCAGGAAGUGUUUUGUGAAAGACCCACAAUUGAGAUGGACGGCUGAGAUGCUUUUGAAUCACCCAUUUGUGUCAUCAUCAUCGGAAUUCGAUCACCGUCAUUCUCACGCCACUGUUACAUUCGACAACGUACGAUGUUGGCCGUCGCCUUCUCCGAGGAGCGCGUUCGAUUUCCCGGACUGGGUAUCCCAACAAUCGUCGUCCUCAACAUUUUCAAUCACUCCGUUAUCGUCGCCGGCGUCAACUCCGGGGAACGGGUCUUGGUUCCCGGGCCAAGAUCAGUUGAAAUCGUGUGGUGGGUCAUCCUCGUGGUUCAGUUCUGCAGCAGAGAGGCUGCGGGGAUUAGUUAGUGAUCAACAACUUGAUUCUGAUUGCUUCAGUAACUCGGGUGAUUGGAUCGACGUUAGGUGA